UUUGUUUUUUUUUAAUUUGUCCACGAGAGUGAACAUGACAGUCGCGCGUUUCAAAUGAUAAUACAAAUAGUUUUAUUUCCAGUUGUCAUCAAGUUACGUGCCGCACAUACGCGCGCGAAGAGGAGGCUAACGUUACACGGCAAACUAGCUGUUGCUAACGUUAGCUAGCGUGUAGCUCCGAUGCGUUCCCGUGCCUCGAGUGAACGACACACCAAACUCAAUGCAAAAAAUAUGGCACUUUAACGUUGUCACAUACCUCGUAAAUUAAGCGUGAAUCCGUAACCGGUGUGAACACUGAGGCGUCACUAUGGGUGAGAGGAAAGGAACAAACAAAUACUACCCUCCAGAUUUUGACCCGGCCAAGCAUGGCUCCCUCAAUGGCUACCAUAAAACUCACGCUCUCAGGGAGAGGGCGAGGAAACUGUCCCAGGGCAUCCUCAUCAUCAGGUUUGAGAUGCCCUACAACAUCUGGUGCGAUGGCUGCAAAAAUCACAUUGGCAUGGGGGUCCGUUACAAUGCUGAGAAGAAGAAAGUGGGGAACUACUACACCACGCCAAUCUACAGGUUCAGGAUGAAGUGCCACCUGUGUGUCAAUUACAUCGAGAUGCAGACAGAUCCGGCGACCUGUGACUACGUGAUAGUGAGCGGCGCGCGCAGGAAAGAGGAGCGGUGGGACAUGGCUGAAAAUGAGCAGAUCCUCACUACAGAGCGGACAGAGAAGGAGAAACUGGAGACCGAUGCCAUGUUCAAGCUGGAUCAUGGUGGAAAAGACAAGGAGAAGCUUAGAAAGGCUCUGCCCUCGCUGUCGGAGAUCCAGGACUACCAGUCCGGCUGGAAGGACGACUUCCAGCUCAACAGCACUCUCCGCAGGAAGUUCAGAACGGAGAAGAAAGUUCUGGCUGAGCAGGAGGAGAAGGACAAUGCAGUGAGGAUGAGGACUAACCUGUCCAUCCCGCUGCUGCCAGAGAAGGAGGAGGACAAGAAACUGGCAACACUACUCACCUACCAGGCACCCGACUCGUACGAGGACAAGCAGCACAGCAAGCGGAAAGAGAUCUCCUCUCGUUCGUGGUUCAACUCCACCUUAGCCACGCCAGGAGGCGCUGCAGGCAGUCUGCUCCAUAAGCUGGGCCUGCAGGGGAAGGAAGCAGCGGUGGCCAAAGCCCUCGGCUCCCCGCACAGCCCGCUGAUCCGCAGACGACCAGGAGGACUUGGAAUCAAAACCGAACGCUGCGCCACCAUCACCCGCAGAAAGUCAGACCCUGAAGUCAGCACGUGGGAUGGACGGUGUUCAAGGGUCACUCAGACAAAGGGAGGCUCAAAUACAGCUGUUAGACCAACACAAGCGGGCCAGGAAGUAGCAGAGACAAAAGACAGUGUUAAAACCACAGAGGAAGUGGAUAAAGGACUGAUAAAGGCAGAGGACUUUGAGAAAGAGAAGGAGCAGGACAGAAGCUCCAGAAGUGGAGGAGCAGUCACAUCCCUGGUGGCAGACUACAGCGACUCAGACUCAGACCAUGGACAAUGAGGCUGCUCUCUACAGGAGAGUUAAGAAGACAGAAGACAGUUUGUGUCUUUUUAGAGCUGCAUCUGCUGUUUCAUUAUGCUUCUUUUCACUAGUUGAUAAGUCUUGUGUAAAUCUCCAGCAACACUCAUGAGUCUAGUCAACGGUCACGUUCUUUACAAAAUGUGUCAUGUGACGACAGGGUGACUUCAAAAAUGUUCUGUUGGACCCUUCUGCAAACAGGUUAAAAUAUUUGGUUUUAUUUAUUUUCUGCUUUCUGGUUGCAAAACUGAGAAAACCUGUAAAAUUAAAUGUAAAAUACUCGUAAAUUG